GUAGCUCUGGUCACACUGCAAGUAUAAAAAUUUCGCAAUAGGGGCUCCGUUGCUUAAUAAAUUCGCGGCUAUUAAAUGCACUAUGUUUUCCUACUAGUCGGUGUCAGAAUAACAUAACAAUGAGUGUCAGCAUUGUGCAGUACUACGGCAGCCAGCAGAGCAAGUGUGGCUAUUGCGCCGGCACCAACUGCAGCCUGUCGCACGGUAUGCACGCCUAUCGGCUGGACUGUCAGGACUACCAAGAUCUCAUCGAUCGAGGAUGGCGCCGCUGUGGAAAAUACUGCUACAAGCUGCGCAACCAGGAGACCUGCUGUCCCUGCUACACGAUUAAGUGCGACGGGCUGGAGUUCAAGCUGUCCAAGUCGCACAAGCGCAUUCUGCGCCGCAUGAAUCGAUUUUUGCGCGAUGGCAAGCGGGAGUCGAAACCGGAAGCGGGCGAUAUGAAGGGUGACGGCGAUCUCGAUGACGCCACAGGAGCUUCCGAGGUCACUGCCAGCGAGCCGCAGCCACAGCUGCCCGAUAAGAGUCCGGUUGUAAUCAAUGUGGAGCAGGUUGCAUCACUGGCACGUGCUCAGAAAAAGACGCCGAUCAAACAGGCAGCUGCUCCACCGGCUGAACCUCCAACGCUGGGCUCCAACAAAUCUGCUGCACCGAUCUCAAACACGCCGCGCAAGAAGGCCAAGCAAAUGCGAUUGGAGCGCCGGCAAGCCAAACUGGGAGACACCGCCUCAACCUCAACGAAAUCCCUUUCCCAGGAAAAGAGCCUACGUGACUUCUUGUCAUCGGACAGCGAGACCAACAAGCAUCAGCUAAAGAUCGUUUUGGUCGAAUCCUCAGACACACAGCGCACUUGUGCCGAUGCAGUGAUCGAGUUGUAUCGCAAAUACCAAAUAACCAUUCACAAUGAUAACCCCGCACGCCUCACCCUAGCUAGUAUGCAGCGGUUCUUGGUCAAUUCACCUCUUAAGAACGAAAAACCAAACGAUGGUCCCGAAAUGGGUUAUGGAUCUUUCCAUCAGCAAUAUUGGCUGGAUGACAAGCUGAUUGCUGUGGGCGUGAUUGAUAUUCUGCCAGGCUGUGUUAGCUCAGUUUAUUUCUUUUACGAUCCGGACUACAGCUUCCUAUCACUAGGCACAUAUGGAUCACUCAGGGAAAUUGAUUUGCUGCAGUCGUUAGCCGAGAAAGUGCCUGCCUUAAAGUAUUACUACAUGGGUUUCUACAUUCAUUCCUGUCCCAAAAUGCGCUACAAGGGCAAGUUGUCCGCUUCUUAUUUGCUGUGCCCAGAGACUUAUGAGUGGAUACCACUUACAGAUGCCAUUCGUUCGAAGUUAGACGAACACAAAUACCAACGCUUAAACCCAAAUGCUGAUGCCAAGGAUGUGAAUGAGUUUUUAAUGGAGCAUUUAGACGAAGUUAUGUUGCUGGUGGAUGCUAAAUCCUGUGCUACGUACAAACAAUAUGUGCAGCGUUGCGGUCCAGACCCCGAUGCCGAUACAAUGAUUGAGUACAGCAAGCUCGUAGGAAAAGACUGUGCCCGCCGCAUGCUAUAUGUGAAUACUUCGUGAAAGAUUCACACUUGAAGAAUUUUUUUGUUUAUCCUCUCUGUUUAAAAUCUUAGUCAAGCUGCGUUUCUUACUGAAAUUAUUCGAUUGUUUAUUUACCGUUGUCAUUAGCAAAGAAGUACUAAAAUAAUUCUCAUUAUGAAGGAGCAAGAUGUGUUAAGCUACAGUUGCGAAUUAAAUAAGUUUUAAGAACGCUGCCAUUCAAUGGUCAUGCACCUUA